AUGGGGAGUGGCAUUGAGUUUGGUUUACCGCUCAGUGUCAUUUGCAAGCAACCGGUGGCCAUUAACAACAGUUGCCCAGCCCUGAGAAAGAUUUACCUGCUGGAGUUCCACCCAUCACUGGGGAUGGCCGCUUGCGUCCGGCGGGCGUUGGAACACGCCUACAGCGAGCUGUGUCACACACACAGGCCGCGGACGGCCGACGGGAGCAUCGACCUGGAGAAGCAGCUCCUACACUUGGCCAUCGCAAAGUGGGCAGCCAUGGACAAGCACGACUCGCCCUACAGCCUCCAAGUCCAGCGGGAUUUGUUUGCAGGUGUGUUUAUCGAGGACCCUCUCUUCGUCAGGGACGUUGGCCGGUCGUUCAUCGAGGCGGCAGAGGAGGGUGAGGGGAGAGCAGGGGCGGAGAGACAAACUUUCGUCCUGCACGCCUUCUGCCGUCUGCUGGAGAUUGUCACGCUGCGAUAUCGCCUGCUGGAGGCUGCUUCCCACACCGCCAUCUUAGCUCAGUUGUACAAGUCUGUGGCAGUGCAGAUGGGUUUCGACGAGUUCCACCUUUACCUGCGGCCGGUGCAGUUUGAGUUUGCAUCACACAAGGACAAGGCUGAUCAGCCACCUCCGGUCUUCAUCACCAGUCUGCUGGAGGAUGACAGCAGCAUCGACAGAUAUACACCCUCGUGUCUACCAUUAGCAAUUCAGGAAGUUGAUGAGAACCAUAUCGGCAAGUUCAGCUUUCGCACCAAGGAAGCAGUUCUCCAGCUGAUGGCGCGGAGUGGUGUGGCCAACCUGCAGGUGGCGCUGGCCUGCCAGACGGUGCAGAAGAACUCGCUAACGGUAGCCGUGCAACAGGCCCUGUUGUGUUCCGUGGACAAGGCCGCCAUCGCCAUGGAGACCAUGGACGGAGUGCUGGGUUACAGGGGUCGGGACCACCCCACCGGUACAAGUGGUGCCAGCACUGCCAGAGAGUGCGAGAGCAAGCAGCCCCCCACAACAGUGGGCACCGCACGACCCCUCCCAAACCAGAGGCAACGUUCGGCCGUCAGAAAAAGGCUUCCAGAGGCGUUUGUCUCCAUCCAGUUGGAGAAGGUGGCUCCUCGGGACCUGAUGCUGAACCGCUUCCUGCAGAAGAAGAACACCGCGGGUUCCAUCGUGAAGAACGCGGUGGAAAUGGAGAAAAUCAAAAGGGAGUUAAUCUGUGACUUCUGCAGCAGGUAA